AUGAAGGGAGAAGGGAGAGACAUCGACGGGGAGGGAGGAGGUGGUGGUCGGGCUGAUAACCAACGGUGGCCGGUGGUGGCUGACGGUGGUGGUAUGCAAGAUGUGGUAGGAUCAGCAAUAGGAGUGACGAUAUUUUCAGCCAUGCUAGCUUCGUGGGCCCUCACCUUCACCAUCGGAGGUGAACGUCUUUUUGGGCAUACAUGGGAUGAACUGGAUGCUACUUCAGAAAUAACAAUAUCCAUCACUGGUAAAACACCAUCAAACAAUUUUGGUGUUGGUUCAAUGAUCAUCUCAAGUCCAGUGCGCCCUGUAAUUGAUUCAAGUGACCAUACAGAACUUGAAAAGACCUCAAGUGCUAACUUAAUAACCGAUUCACCUGAAAAUGAUAAUGCAAAUGAUUAUACAUAA